UAGGCCUGGGCGUAGAGUAUUGACUUACGAGCGUGACAGGUUGCGAAGUAGGUGUAUGCACUAAGUUUUUGCGUGGUGUGUUGCAGAAGAUAUUUGAAACACAAGAAGCAGUUUUUCAAUAUAACGAACUGGACGACAGGGGUAUCUUACUUAAAAAGAUCACAAUGUCAGAUCGUAAGGCAGAACUUGAGAGGAAGAAAGAGAAGCUGAGACUGAUACGUGAAGAAAAAGAACGACGUCGGAGAGAAAAGGAACAAAAAGAUGUCGAGGAAGCUGCUCUACGGACUGCUGUUGGAGGCCUAGGAAUCGAAAAGGACCAACGAAAGGAACUGGAUCAAAUGUUGUCUUCACUAGGAGUGGCACCUGUCUCUGAUGUUCUUUCCAGCCUUUCCAGCAUGUCAAGCCUUACUUCUGAAACAGGAGCCUCCAACAAUGCUCAAGACUCCUCCCAGCAAAAUACAGCACCACCACCCACUUCACACAGGAAACGGGUGCCGCAGCUGAGUGUUGUCAGUGUACAGAGCACGAACAUUCCUCCUAAAGAGAUCGUCACAUAUGCUAAGCAGACACAGACAGCACAUACAGGGCAUGAAAGAGACGGAUGGUCUGCGUCUUCUUCCCCACUCAAAGGCUACUAUGAAGACUGGUGGCGACCACGAAAAGCUCACGCAUUCGACUAUUACGACGAGUACAAUCUAAAUCCUGGUUUAGAAUGGGAAGACGAAUUCACAGUUCUGACCUUUGACGAUCCGCAAGCGGAAGACGAGGAGGGUUCGCUGCCGCAUUUGGAAGGUGGAGGACUUUUCCAGAGCAAACUUCCACCAGGCAUCCUUCCACACGGUCUGCCACGAGUGAAGGAAGUGCAGCCAGCAGUGACAAGCCUUGAGCACGAGGCAACCAAGCAGCAGGAACAAGUGCGUGAAUUGUCAGAAGAAGAGAAACAAAUGAUAAUACUUUCAGAAGACUUCCAAAGAUUUGAUCGUUCUGCUCGUAUAAUGGAAAGAGCAUUGUGUGAAUCCGUAGACAUAUAUACGGAUUACACCGGUGUCACAGAUAAUGAAGAAGGAACGGAUGAAAAAUCUAAUGCAAGGCUCUCCCUUAAUCGUUGGUUCUAUGACGAGCGCUGGUCUCGUAACAGAUGUGUGACUUCAAUGGACUGGUCCCCACAAUUUCCAGAACUUCUUGUUGCAAGCUACCACAACAAUGAAGAUUCACCCAAUGAUCCAGAUGGUGUAUGCCUCAUAUGGAAUACAAAAUUCAAGAAAAGAACUCCUGAAUACAUAUUCCACUGCCAGUCUCCAGUGAUGUCAUCUAUUUUCGCAAGAUUCCACCCAAAUCUCAUUCUUGGGGGCACCUACUCUGGACAGAUUGUGCUAUGGGAUAAUCGUGUUCAGAAGAGGACACCAAUUCAACGAACCCCAUUGUCAUCAGCAGCUCAUACACAUCCUGUAUAUUGUUUGAGUGUAGUAGGCACUCAGAAUGCCCACAAUCUCAUCAGCGUGUCUACUGAUGGAAGAUUAUGUUCUUGGAGUCUUGACAUGCUGUCAAAGCCACAAGAAACACUGGAACUGCAUCAUAAGCAAGGAAAACCAGUUGCAGCUACUUGCCUUGCAUUCCCACAUGGUGAUGUCAACAACUUUGUUGUUGGCAGUGAAGAAGGAGCUGUAUAUUCAGGUUGUCGCCGCAUGUCGCAUGGCAGUAAGGCUGGAGUUACAGAGUCCUAUGAGGGUCAUCAAGGGCCUGUUACGGGAAUCUCUACUCAUUCAGUGCAAGGAGGCAUAGACUUCUCACAUCUCUUCCUGACCUCAUCUUUUGACUGGACUGUCAAGUUAUGGAGCCAGCAGGCAACAGAAGGCAAAGAAGGAAAGGACAGGAGACCAUUGUACUCUUUUGAAGACAAUGGUGAUUAUGUGUACGAUGUUGCAUGGUCACCUAUCCAUCCAGCAUUGUUCGCUACUGCUGAUGGUACUGGUCGGCUGGAUCUUUGGAAUCUCAAUCAGGACACAGAGGUACCCACAGCCAGUAUUACAGUAGAUGGAAAUCCUGCUCUCAAUCGUGUUUCUUGGACUCCAUCUGGUUUGCAUGUAACUGUUGGUGAUGAUAUGGGAAAAAUUUGGGUUUUUGAUGUUGGUGAGCAAUUGGCACAACCACGUCUUGAUGAAUGGAGCAAAUUUGUUUAUACACUGCAAGAACUACGCAAUAAUCAAGCUGAUGAUGAUAUUGACAAAUUGAGUGUCAACUCCGGUCCAGGGAGUCUGUCCUCGCUGUCAUCUUCUCCACUCCGUUGAGGAAGUCGGGAGUCUUUUUUGUUCCCAGAAUGUUUUUUUGAAAUUCAACAACAGGCACCUAUAUGUGCAAUUUUCUGUGUACAUUAUUUAUAUAAUAGGUUUAUUUGCAAUGAUUUUUGUGUUGUGUGAUUGUGGACAUAAAGCCAUGGGCAGGUAAUGAUGUCAUGCUGCAUUUAGCGAUUAUUUAAAGAACAUAUGCACAAAGUGCAAAAUUUGGCAUAACACACUAAAUUUAGUAGUAGCAUGAAAUCGCAGCCCUAUCAGUGCACAGUUCAGGAAAACUUUAUUGGUAAACUCAGAACUUUCAUUCAUUUCAGUUUUUAUGGUGCAUCUGACAGUAAAACAGUAACUUUGACUUUCUCAAUUCAACUUUCUGGGUGGGGGGGCUGUAUAAUAUUACUCCAGUAUUUUGAUAUUUUGCAGUAUUAAGAUAUAAGGUUUAUGAAGGACAUUCAACUAAUUUGCGAGCUUAAAAGAAAUGUAAGCUACUACACUUAGGGAAGAAAUGAAAUAUGAAAUUUAUGUCUGUACUUAUUACCAGUAUGCUUGCUGCCUAGGCUUGUAAAUUUUUUUUUUUUUUUUUUUUUUUUUUUUUUAAACAAAGCACCAUGAAUGGGCCAUUAUUGUAAAUAUCUCGAGAAUGUAUAUAUAAUGCUGUGAUAUUUAUUAAUUAUAAUACUUUCUGAUUUCACCUACUUUUAAAUAAUUUGGUACCUUAGCAAUGACUAUUGGUUCAAUGUUUUCAUAUUACAUAAUUUAUUAAAUAAUUUAAUUUUCUUUAAGUAAUUUUUGUAAAUUUUCAAGACGGUAGCCUUGGCUUAAGUUGUGAUUCAUGUUUUUUCAUUACCGUAGAAGCCACGUUGCUUUUUAUAUCAUUUAUUGAUAUAUUUUAAACUUAUUUUUCAUACCUUGUCUUUCAGAAGCUAUUUCUCACUCUUUGUAAAAUGACAUAAGUUGUAAAUAUUCUGUAUGUAUCGUGCAUUUGCCCAUGCUAUCAGGUCUUACCAAAUAAAGAGUUUGAAACAAAGAA